GCACGCGUUUGCCCAUCAAAAAGAAUCCACGACACGGCGACAAGACUGUUCAACAUACAGGAGGCAUAACAUAACUGAUAAGAGCAACUGCAACGAUGGCUCUUCGUCUGAAAGUACUCCUAACUUCUCUAUCAUCGCUAAGGCAGUACCAGACUAGAGGUACACCCGCUGCUACUCGGAUCUUGAAUAGUGCUGUAUCAGAACAAAGCAGAAAAUUAUCAACUGCAGAACCACCCUCAUAUGAAGAGUUUAAUGUCCAGGAUAAAGACGAUUUCAUUGAGAGGGUUUUAAAAAGCCCAGUUCCAAUCAUGGUUGACUUCCAUGCAAGUUGGUGCAAACCAUGCCACGCACUCGCCCCUCGUCUUCAAGAGGUUAUAUCAGAGAGACCAGGGCGGGUUCAGCUGGCUAAAAUAGACGUUGAUGAGCACGGAGACCUAGCCAUGGAGUAUGACGUUAGCUCUAUCCCUAAGGUUAUUAUGUUUAAAGAGGGCAAGGUCGCUGGCGAAUUUAUCGGCCUGAUGGAGAAGGACAAAAUAGAAAGUUUUGUUGAUCGAUUGACAUUAUAACACGAUUAGUUAGUGAAUAGUUAGUAUAAUCCAGACUGAAUACAAAAACGUCUUUGCAUGUCAUCACAUUAUAGGCCUGGAAUUUCAUCUUUGAAAGGACAAGGCCUUUUUCAUCUUGCAAAGGGCACUUCCUUGAAAAAAACUC